CAACAUGGCAAGAACUAAUUUUGGAGUAAGGAACAUUCAAAAAUUGAUGUGUAUCAGAAAUUUUAGCAAAAAUGCUCGCAAUUUGUGGAGCAAAGAUAACAUCGUAUCUUCACCUGGCAACGAUGUUCAGUUACCUUUGCUAACUGUCAACGAUUUUAUUUGGCAGAAUUUAGAGAAAUGGGCAGAGAAACCAGCGAUGGUUUGUGGGAUCACAAAUCGAACUUAUACCUAUCAUCAACUAUAUAAAUUUUCUCGGAGAUUUGCGGCGAAAUUGCGUACUCAAUUCGAUAUCCGAGAAGAAGAUGUGACUUGCAUAAUGAUGUCUAAUAACCCAGAGUACGCUGUAGCCACACUCGGGUCUCUUGAAGCCGGCGCAACGGUCACCACAAUCAAUCCCAUUUAUACAGUCCACGAAGUUCAACGGCAACUAAUUCUAUCAUGUCCAAAAAUUAUAAUCGGAAUGCCAGAAACUAUUCAAGUACUAAAAGAAGCUUGUAAAUUAGCAAAACUUAAUAUACCAAUCAUAACAGUUACUAAUACUGAGGCUUUACCUACUGGUACUAUAUCAUUUCACGAACUUAUAAACGAUGAACAUGUAGAUACCAGUGUUCUGCAAAGAGUUAGUAAAGAUAUAGAUAGAAUAGCACUUUUACCGCAUUCAAGUGGAACGACUGGUCUACCAAAAGCCGUGGAACUAGUACACCGGACUUUGGUUGCAAAUUUUGCUCAACAAGAUGGCGAAGGAUUCAAAUACUGCCAAUCUGCUACUGGUAAUUAUGAAAAAUAA